AUGACAUGGCCUCUGGCCCUCCUCUACUCUGUACCUCCCCAAUCCCACACCAUGACAUGGCCUCUGGCCCUCCUCUACUCUGUACCUCCCCAAUCCCACACCAUGACAUGGCCUCUGGCCCUCCUCUACCCUGUACCUCCCCAAUCCCACACCAUGACAUGGCCUCUGGCCCUCCUCUACUCUGUACCUCCCCAAUCCCACACUAUGACAUGGCCUCUGGCCCUCCUCUACUCUGUACCUCCCCAAUCCCACACUAUGACAUGGCCUCUGGCCCUCCUCUACUCUGUACCUCCCCAAUCCCACACCAUGACAUGGCCUCUGGCCCUCCUCUACUCUGUACCUCCCCAAUCCCACACCAUGACAUGGCCUCUGGCCCUCCCCUACUCUGUACCUCCCCAAUCCCACACUAUGACAUGGCCUCUGGCCCUCCUCUACCCUGUACCUCCCCAAUCCCACACCAUGACAUGGCCUCUGGCCCUCCUCUACUCUGUACCUCCCCAAUCCCACACCAUGACAUGGCCUCUGGCCCUCCCCUACUCUGUACCUCCCCAAUCCCACACUAUGACAUGGCCUCUGGCCCUCCUCUACCCUGUACCUCCCCAAUCCCACACCAUGACAUGGCCUCUGGCCCUCCUCUACCCUGUACCUCCCCAAUCCCACACCAUGACAUGGCCUCUGGCCCUCCUCUACUCUGUACCUCCCCAAUCCCACACCAUGACAUGGCCUCUGGCCCUCCUCUACUCUGUACCUCCCCAAUCCCACACCAUGACAUGGCCUCUGGCCCUCCUCUACUCUGUACCUCCCCAAUCCCACACCAUGACAUGGCCUUUGGCCCUCCUCUACUCUAUACCUCCCCAAUCCCACACCAUGACAUGGCCUCUGGCCCUCCUCUACCCUGUACCUCCCCAAUCCCGCACCAUGACAUGGCCUCUGGCCCUCCUCUACCCUGUACCUCCCCAAUCCCACACCAUGACAUGGCCUCUGGCCCUCCUCUACCCUGUACCUCCCCAAUCCCACACCAUGACAUGGCCUCUGGCCCUCCUCUACCCUGUACCUCCCCAAUCCCACACCAUGACAUGGCCUCUGGCCCUCCUCUACCCUGGACCUCCCCAAUCCCACACCAUGACAUGGCCUCUGGCCCUCCUCUACCCUGUACCUCCCCAAUCCCACACCAUGACAUGGCCCCUGGCCCUCCUCUACCCUGUACCUCCCCAAUCCCACACCAUGACAUGGCCUCUGGCCCUCCUCUACUCUGUACCUCCCCAAUCCCACACCAUGACAUGGCCUCUGGCCCUCCUCUACUCUGUACCUCCCCAAUCCCACACCAUGACAUGGCCUCUGGCCCUCCUCUACCCUGUACCUCCCCAAUCCCACACCAUGACAUGGCCUCUGGCCCUCCUCUGCAACUACUCAUUGUACAUUUAUUUUCAUGACUGUUUCCAGUCGUCUCUGUGUCAUUGA